GACUCUCUGCGAGGUGAUGGUCUGCAUCCAGAUCAGCGGACCGGCGACUGCACCGUUUGUGACAACACCGACAGAGGUCAGCGGCGAGGGCUUCGGACAUUAGGCCUCCUCUACCGGUCGGAGCACGGCAGCGGGCGUGGUCGGCCAUGGACGGGCGCAGUCGGUUCCAGCCGAGUCUGUCCCUCGACGAGCAGCUCGAGCGUGAGCUGGAACGGCGAAGGAUCAUAGUCAACCAGGUGGUGCGUCGCAAGACCAUCGACACGUGGGUGUGCUCCAAGGUGCGCCAAGAGACUGUGCUGGACGAGGUGUACGACGACACCCUGGCUCCGGCCGCCAAGGGACCUCCGCUGCCCCCGCGCAACCCGGGAUGGUUCCGGAGCGCCGGCAGAAGCUGGGCCGUCUGGAGCUCCGAGUCGUCCGGCGAGCCCGCCUCGUGGACUUCGUCGGAACCGCGGGACAACGAUGGAACGACUUCACCCGAAGAGUGUCCAUCGAGCGAUCGCCCGAUCUGCCGCGGAGGCACCUACUUCGCCCGCCUGGUGACGACAACCGACACCAUAGACUCCCCUGCAGUCCACCCGAAGCCGGAGCCCUGGAACUCUGCCACCAUGACUGACCAGGAGGACCACCAGCUGCUCGGCUUCGACGACAGCCCCGUCGUCAUUCCGGAGCCCAAGAAGGUCUCUCCCGAAGUGAACGGUUCCGCCGUCCAGGUCACUAAGGCCGAGCUCAUCCUCAACUCCCUCAACUCGGAAAAGAGCCUCCAGAACGGGAAUCACGAAGACGCCGCACCGGUCAAACCGAAGGAUACCAACGGUUGCUCCAGGGUCGAAGAUGUGCCGGCCGAUGAUCAGGCCAACGAUCAUCGGGCCAACGACCACAAUGCUGCUACUCAAGCCCAUACCAGGGACGGAGAGCCGCUCUACAGUGAGGUUCCUGAGGACAACAUAUACGAGGAGGUCAUUCCCGUCCAUGAGAGGAAAGUUAACGGGACCACGGAGACAGUGCAGGAGGUAGCACCCAAGACGACGACGGAGCUCGUGUCGAGUCCCUUGUACGACGACUCUUCGCUAUCCAGCGAGUUGUCCGCUGAGCUGUCUCCACCACCGUCCAACGUCGGUGACGGUGCCGGUUCCAACGGAACCACCCUCUCAGACCCCGAAUGUGACACGAUGAUGACUGUCGGGUCAGCCCCGGAGUCGCAGCUUCACGGGAUGGACGUGCCGUUUGUGGUCAUCGAGGACUCGACGCCGGUGGACUCGGACCAGUCCAACGACGAGGUGACCGACCCUCCCGUUGUCCAAAGCCCCGUGCAGGUAAAGGCGGAACCCGUGGAGGAAGCAUUGGUCGAGCCGACAAUCUUGCCGGUUGUCAAGAGUGCCCCAGAAAUUGAGGUGCAGCCGGUCGAGCCGCCGUCUGAGACGUCCCUGCCGGAGACACCAGUUCACGAUGUAGAGGAAGCCGUGGAAGAGACGUCGUCUCAACCUGUGAUUUACUCCGUCACAGAGUUCACCAAGGUGGAAGCGGUGCAGUACGUCGAAUCGGAGAUGGCCGGUGGUGGUGCGACCUUAGUUGAGGACAAGUGCAGUGUGAAGGACUCCGAGUGUGCUGACCCGUGUGUGGGGGAACGCGAAGCUGAGGGGAUUGUGGAAGUGAAAACGAUGGUACACACAGAUGUUCCUGCGGCCAAACAGAGCAUGAAGGUGGAGGUGGGCACCGGUGAUUCUCCUCUAGAAUGCAAGGUGACCUCGGAGCCUAUUUAUGCCACUCCGGUGACUGCGCAGUCCGUUGCCCCUCCUGUCGUACUGGACGACAUUCCGGCGAUUGUGCAAUACUCUGCUCCUCCGGUCGUGCUGGACGACAUCCCGGCAUCCCCUUCUCCGCAGCUGGUUGAGACGCGCCAGCUGAAGCAAAGCGCCGAGGACAGCAUCGUGGCCAGGGAGAUCCGGGCGCAGAAGGAGCGCGAGGAGACGAUCGCCCGAGAGCGCAAGCUCGCCCAGGAGGCCGCCAAACUGUCUCCCGUGACCGAGAAGCCGGUGGACAAGCCAGCUCUCCAGGCCGACGCCAUGCAUGUCGUCAAGCCGGCGAGGCUCGCUAUGUCGCAGGCGUCGCCGGCUGCUUCCCCGCAGUCCUCUUCGGUGCCGGCUCCGUUCCCCGCCUUCAUCGAGAAGAGGUUCAGCUGCCCGUCAGACUCCAAGAUCGCGGACGAGAUCCGUGAGCUCCAGGAGCGCGAGGAGGAACUCCGGGUGCUUCGUGAGCGACUCCUGCUCCAGAACGAACCGGCUUCGACCAAGCCCAGCUCGGACGAGGGAGAGCGGGUCCACAGCGCUUCCAGUUCGUCACCCAACGGAAUAUCCCGAACCGUGAGUGUGGAAUCUCUGCCCAGCGGCCAGUCUGGGCUUUCCUUCGCGUCUCGGAGGAAAGACAAGAUCACCGUGCGUCCGCUGUCCGACGGGCUGGACGAGACGCCAUCGCCGACGUCUUUCUCAUCCAACGGGGAGUCUCCGAUCGAGAGGGAGAUCCGGCUAACGAGGGAUCGUGAAGAGGCCCUUCGACGAGAGAAGGGGCUUCUGGGGCAGCUCCAGGCUGAAGGGUUCAUCAAGAAGGGCGACACGGUGCUGCCGUCGUCCAUCUGCAAGACCGUCAAGACGGGCAGCGUUCCCCGCGGACCGCCACCUCUCGGCAGCACGCAGAAGAUUCUGGCCACGUCGAGGAUUCAGCAGGAGAUCGAGGAGCAGACCCAGCGAGAGAUGGCGCUGAGGGAGUCCGGUCACAUCCAGACCAUCUCCCAGGAACGGACCGACUCGAGGGUGACGAGGAUAGGCAGUGACGGUAGCACCUCUCCAACUGCUCCCGUCAACUCAACCACGACGUCUAAGCGGAACUCGUUCGACACCUCCCUUCCCAACGUGGAGAUCUACGAAAAAACGCCAUCGCCAACGAACAAGCUGUCGCCCUCGAGUCCGCCACUCUCGACCACGGCGGUCAAAGCCACCAACGGUCACGCCGGGAAGGCCACCAACGGGACAACGCGCGGUGUAAGCAUGCAGAAGUUUUUGGCCAGCCGCGGGAAGGAACUGGUGUUCACAACUCCUCCGCAGAACGGCGGGUUUGCGGAGAAAAGUGCCGGGUUCGAGUACCGGGAGCUAAAGCCUCCGCAGCUACAGAAGGGGGUGGUGUCGGGCGAUGCGCUGCGCAAGGGACUGGUGACUGCGGAGACCAAGAUUCAGGAGGAGAUGCGGGUCAUGAAGGAACGGGAAGAGGAACUCAGGCGCCAGCGCAUUCGGCUGCUCGGCCAGUCGCAGCCGAACCUAAGCUUGCUGGAGAGCUGCGUGGACAUGGACUCGGUGGACGGACACCAGCUCCAGCGCGUGGGGAGCAACCCCAACCUGCUCGAGUCCCAUCAGCCCUCGUCGCCAGAAGGAUCGGGAUCCGGCAGCGCCGCACCCCGGCGCCGCAGUGCCCUCAUCGCCCAGUGGGAACAGAGGAUCCAGAGCACCGACGUUGCCAAGUCGUAGACGCCCAUUUUUUUAAUUUUUUCUUUUAUUUUUUUGCUUUCAUUAGGCGAGUGCGAGGUAGACUGUGGAAAACUCGGACCCACGAGUCGCUGCAUUCCACCGUUUCCGUCGAGAAAAAUGGGGUUUAUUUUGGUUUGGCUAGAGGAUUAUAGACAGUAUUUUUUUACGCAUUUAUCUACAUGCCGCCUUCUAGACGCUUCCACAACGCGGCUGUCUCCCUUGGACCGCGUACCUUUCUAUUUGUUUGCAUAGUUUACGUAUAGCAGAUAAUCCAAGUGCCUUCAAAACGAGAAGCAUUCUGACAUCACAUAUCCACAAGCUACAGCUAGAUUUUUUUUCUCGAUUUUUUUUUUUUAAAGAAAAUAUUUUAGGUAUCUUGUGCUCUACACACUUUGUGCCCUCUCGCGUACCGUGUAGAAUUUAUUCUUCCUCGAUUUUACGAGGCGUUGUCAUGACCUUUGUCCUUAGUGUUCCGAAAUGUACGGAACCUUUCCCGAUCAGUUACUCGCCUCGCGUUGCCGCGGUAGUUUAACGGCCACUGUGGCAGUACUAUUUUUAUGUUUAUCUAGAAAGAGAGUAAUGUCGAUGAUGACGAGGUUGUAAUUAUCUUCGCUCACCGAGGUUGUGCCACGUCCCAAGGAAGACGGUUGUCCGAGGUCCUCCGACGUUCACACUGCGUUUCGGCCUCUGCACGAGACGCUUGGUUCGAGAAGACAGGUUCCCGAUUCUUUCUCUCAACGAGGACUGGUUUCUUCAGAAGUGUCAAAUGAAUACGAGAGGCUGGAUGAAAAUGUUGUUGGAGGCGCAGCGUGAUGGUAUAUUAUGUCUGCUGGUGUUACGGUAAUUGGUGUGGUUUAGUUUUAUUUUUGUCUACUUUCGGUAUAAUCUCAAUAUGUAGCCUCAUGCAAGCUUUACACGCGUUUGUUAUUCAGCCGGCUUCGUUUCCGUCCACUCAGUGGAGGGCAUCUGUUGUUGGCGGGCCUUGUGAGAUAGCAAUCCGACCGUUGUCGCUGCGAAACCGUUGAACUAACCUAGCUGCCUUUGCAAUGAGAACUGUAUUUUUAUAUGCACAAUAAAGGAAUUAUUUUACCUGA